GCCUCCCAUUCCCCCUGGCUGGCUGCUUCUCCCCUUGGCUCGCCAUGCCAGGGCCAGGGCUUGGGGCGCUCUUGGCCGCUCCCCUCCUUCUGGCCUUGACCCUGGUCCUGUCCAGCCCUUGGCCCCCCUGGGACCCUCCUCCUCCUCCUCUGCAGCCCCGGAGCUUGACGCAGGAGCUGGAGCAGCGGCAGCGAGACCUGAGCACCUUGGCUGCUUCUUUGGAGGAGGAGGAGGAAGGGCAGAAGGAGGGCUGGCUGGGCUGCGCGGAGCUGCGUGGCGCCCGGGUCUUGGGCUUGGCGGGCGCAGGGAUCACGAAACUGGUGCUGAGGGUGGCCCUGGGAGGGAGGGCUGGCGGCGGAGGAGAGGUGGCCCUCAAGGCCGUGCAUUGGGCCGGAGGGGACGUCCAGGGCUGCGUCCGGCGCUAUGGACACUUCGGAGGCUGCUACAGACUGGCCGCUGCCAAGCUGAGGAAGGAGGCGGCGUUGCUGCAGAGGCUGGACCACCCGGGCAUCGUCAAGCUGCUAGGUCAGUGCUCUGACAUUAGCCUCAGUGGUCCUGAAAUGAAAGUGGUCACCAUGCUGGAGCUGGGAAAUCCUUUGGAGAUGAUUCAGCUCCUGCAAACCCCCUGGGAAGAACGAUUUAAAAUUUGCUUGGAUCUGAUAGAACUUCUUUAUUACAUGGCAAAUUCUCCUCUCGGUUCCAUUGCCCUUCUGGAUUUCCAGCCCAGGCAGUUUGUUCUGGUGAAUGGGAGCCUGAAAGUUACAGACUUGGACGAUGUGACCACCACAGAACUGCCAUGCCAGGUGGAUGAGGACUGUAUGCUCGAAUUCCCCACAAAAAACUUCUCUCUCCAAUGCACUGUGCAGGGGAAGUGCGAAGGUAUUAACGAAAAAAGAAAUCUCUUCAAUGCGUACAGGUAUUUCUUCACAUACCUCUUACCACAUACUGCACCCCUAGCUUUGCAACCCAUUCUGAAGGACGUCUUGAAUGCCACAGGUGAUUUGCGAUAUGGAGUCAAUGAAACUCUGAGAGCCUUUCAGAAAGUUUUGCAUUUGUACAAGUCUGGUCUUUAUCUUCAGAGGAAAACAUCUAAUUUAAGAGAAUACAUUGCCUUAAAGGGAUUCCACACUACAGACACAGAAGACUAUAAGUGUUGGCCAUCGAACAGCCAUUUGGGAUGCAUGCUCUCUGUUCACAAUGCAGAGGAAGCUGCCACCAUUUGCAAUUCCCAUCCACAGUGUCAACACUUUACUAUCACUCCGCAGAGGACAUGGACAGGACGUCCACUUGCUUUGUUUCAAAGCAACCUGUCUGACCUAAUUCCUGGGGGUCCCAUGGUGGUUUAUGUUAAACGAUCUACAGCCUCAAAGAGAAGUUUCUCUCAGGAAGCAUGAAAGCACCAUUUAAUGGAGGAAUCAAAUCAAGGAAUAAUCCAUCAGGACUAAUUUCAUCCCCUUACACUAAAAAGGAUGGCACAUUUUAUUUCUGCUGAGGCAUGUAUUCCCCUGCCAGCUUUGGAUGAGUCAAAAGGAGCCAUUUUGAUGAGAAGUGCAGAUUUUGUGUGUCAGGUGCCACCUAAUCUGGAACUACCUUGCCAAACUGUGAUUACAUAAUCAGUUUUGGCAGACAAAAGAUUCAUGAUAGCUGUACGGAUUGUUCUUUGCUGCAUUACAAAAGCAUUUUACAAAACCAAGGAAUGGGGAUUUCAGUUGGGGUGGUUAUCUGUUAAUGCCCACUCUAGAUUGGUACCUCAGUCAAUGCAGUGGUUCUCAACAUGUGGGUACCCAGAUGUUUUGGCCUUCAACUCCCAUAAAUCUUAACAGCUCGUAAUUCUGGGAGUUGUAGGCCAAAACACCUCAGAACCCACAGGUUGAGAAUCCCUGAUCUAAUGAACUACGUAUG